CUACCAAUAUACAUUCAGGUACCUCAAAAAACUCUAAGAGAACCACAUAGCAAAGCAAAUACUUUCUUUGCUUAUAAUAAAACUUCCCUCAGGUCAAACCAUGGAUGAAGCAAUCAUGAGACUAGAAGGUGCUGAGCACAGAGAAACCAACAAUCAUUCUCUGAAGAGAAAGCCAUCAAGAACUUCCUCCACCGCUCCAUGCUCUCCCGGAAGUGUACCCACCGCAAAAUCUGUCCCCGGAGCUGGCGCUUCCGGUGGCACCACCAUCAGGUACCGCGGCGUGAGGCGUAGGCCAUGGGGUCGUUACGCUGCUGAAAUACGCGAUCCGAUGUCCAAGGAGAGACGUUGGCUGGGGACAUUUGACACUGCUGAGGAAGCAGCCUGCGCAUACGACUGUGCUGCUCGAGCCAUGCGUGGUCAUAAAGCUCGAACCAAUUUCGUCUACCCAAGCCCUUCACUUGACUCUUACCACCAUCGUAUUUUCUCGUCUCCUCCGAUGAACAUGUUCCUUCGACGCGACGUUUUGAACUCUCAGUCUCUUUCUCAUUUUGCUUACCCACUCUCUAACGUAAGCGGCCCGGUCUACGAUUCAUUCGCUAAUGUUAACGAUGUCUCCGAAGAUCACUCACCUAAAGCGAAGCGGUUUAGCACCUUUGACAACGAGAGCAUGAUAUCAAUCCUCGAACCAGAACCAGCUGGGUCUGGUCUUCUUCAAGAAAUUGUUCAAGGCUUCUUGCCCAAACCUAUCCCUCAACAAGCUGCUACACCUCCAACGACCAUUGGUGUAUUCCCGACAAUGGUAGAGACUGGUUUUCAGUCUGAAUUUCGUCUACCGGAUCACGUCAAUGUUGAAGGAAACGGGUACGGUCAGUUAAAAUAUCAUGGAGAGUUGGGUUGGGUGGAUCAUGAGGGUGGGUUUGAUUCAGCCAAGAUGCAUCAGAAUGGAAAUGCCGGAAUGUUAUAUCAGUAUUGCUUUCAUGAUUAUUAAACCAUAAUGGUUGUGUUUUUACGUGCUGAUCACUCCACUGUUUCUUUAGGAUUAUGACAAUAGUUUGGGUUAGCUAACUCAAAAGCCUUUUGUCUUUUUUUCUUCAUCUAGUUGUAUGAUAGUUUAUCUUUUGAAAGGAAAAAUCAUCGGAGAGUAUGAGAGAUUUUACCUUUUUUUUGGCAAAUCAGCAUGGGAAAGCUUAAUUGAAUUGUAUAUUUAUAUGACAUGUCGAGUCAGCAAAGUUAAGAAGAAAAAGAUAUGACAAAAAAUAUAAAAAUUGGAAAAUACUCGUCGUGGAGGGGGGAAUGAAGACAA